AUGUUUCAUCCAUGGUUCAAAACUUGUGAUGUACUUUUACGAAGCGAAACGAAUGAAAAUCAAAGGAGGCUAAGAGAUUACAAGAAUUACAAGAAUUUGUAUGAAGAACGGCCUUUUCUUAAAUUGCAUAUGCCUGAUAUACGCGUGCAUUUUAAAGGAAACUAUGAAGAAUUACUGAAUGCAGUCGACGACAUUGUGAAUAAGAACAAAGAAGGAUAUGUUGGUGUAUUUAUGCAGAUUUCUUCUUGGCCUUCUAAUGGAGAACUAGGAUUAGCAGCUUUCAUAUUUUCUAUCUUGGGGAUUAUUUCUCUCGCACGCAGGCGCAAGGAGUUGCCUUUACGUUAUUAA